AUGGUGUGCCGUCUUAACAAAUCACUUUAUGGAUUAAAGCAAGCUUCUCGGUGUUGGUUUGCAAAAUUUUCCAAAGCUUUGCUGGGUGUGGGGUUUUCUCAAUCUAAAGCAGAUUACUCCCUUUUCUAUCGUCACAAAGGUAUCGAUGCUGCUACUAUAUCAAUUAUCAAGAAUUUGUUGCACCAACGUUUUCAUUUAAAAGACCUUGGUGAUUUAAAAUACUUCCUUGGGAUAGAAGUGUCUCGUUCUUCAAAGGGAUUGUAUUUGAGCCAACGGAAGUAUGCACUUGACAUUUUGAAAGACUCAGGUCUUAUAGGUGAACGUCCUACUUUCUUCCCCAUGGAACAAAAUCUCAAGUUAAACAAUGAAGAUGGAGAACUAUUACAUAAUCCAGAAACCUAUAGAAGAUUGGUGGGUCGCUUGAUAUAUCUCACCAUCACCAGGCCAGACAUUGUUCAUACAGUUCAUAUUUUGAGCCAAUUCAUGCAAAGCCCCCGUACAACUCAUAAAGAUGCUGCAUAUCGAUUAUUACAUUAUUUGAAAGGGACUCCAUGCCAAGGGAUUUUGUUAUCAUCUUCAAAUAAUUUUCAAUUGAGAGCUUACUGUGAUUCUAAUUGGGCUAGUUGUCCAAUGACAAGGAGGUUGACUACAGGUUACUUUGUACUUCUUGGAGAAAGUCCUAUCUCAUGGAAAACAAAGAAGCAAGAUACUGUAUCACGCUCAUCAGCCGAAGCAGAAUAUAGAGCGAUGGCUAUGGCAACUUGUGAACUCCAAUGGUUACGAUAUUUACUUUAUGAUCUUGGUCUGUCACACACCACACCAAGCUUACUUUAUUGUGACAACCAAGCUGCUUUAUACAUAGCAGCUAAUCCAGUAUAUCACGAGCGCACCAAGCAUAUUGAGAUCGAUUGUCAUGUUGUUCGAGAGAAGAUUCAAAAUGGUUCUUUACGUACUGCCUAUAUUCCUUCAAAGGAGCAACUCGCAUAUGGCUUUACCAAGUCUUUAGGUAAAGAUCAAUUCCAACGACUCAAAAACAAGCUGGGUAUUCUUGAUCUCCAUACUCCAGCUUGA